AUGCUGAAUUUUAUCAUAUUUUUCAUCUCUCUUCCCAAUGCUUUGGCGUUCAAAGAAACUCUUAAUGGAAGAAGAGUACUUAUGGACACGUCUUGGAUCUUUAUCGAAAAAGCUGAUUUGGAGGGCAAAAAAAUUUUCUACCACCAACGAGAGUGCUACAAAUGCCUCUGGUCGGAGCUAAAGUUCGAUCCUUCUGACGAAAACGGAACGGAUUUAACUGCUCCAAUGGAGGCAGAAAUGGACAUGCGCUGGCCUGUGAGAUUCGCUAUGGCCGACGAAAGCGUGGUGGAUAUGGAAUACGAUGACGAAACGAAACCAGAUUUCAAGACAGGGUUCAUUAGCUUCAAAGAAGGUGGUUGGUACGUUUUCGAAAAAGAUGGGAAGGAGAAGAUCCGGCAAUGGAAAGAGGGAAGAAGCCCGGCCGUCUAUCUUUAUCCAGUUUACACUCUAGGAAUGUCUUUAUAA